CUCCCAGCUUGCCUUGCCUUGCAGAUCAGUCUCUCCCCGGCUUGGUCUCUCUGCAUAGGCAAUCACAGCUCCUACUCGCAGACCCAACUCUCCCUCUUGCACUGAUUGUAAUGAAUUUUCUGCCUGAAUGUAGGUUGCUGACAAGCGAGAACACGGGUUUCUUUCAGAUCCAGUGUUGUUGUUUUUCCUAUUAUUUUUAUUUUUCCCCCUUCGUGGUCGUUGCAUUCCUUUGGAGAAGCAAAUCGGGUUGGAUUCCAAAAAGGAGAGCAGGAACCUUGUGUGAAUAAUCCCGGCUGCAUGAUACCCUGAGAGGAUUUCCUGAAAGAAUCUGGCUGUGUUAAAAAGACCGUUAUGCUUCUGCAGCUAUUCCAGUGUUAAGGAAAAACUUGUGCUAUAACUGAAAUGACAAUAUGCUGCUUCCUAUGAGGGGAUUCUGAAGGCUUCUCAAAAACACAGUACAGUGGCUGACUGAGUGGGCUAGACUUGACUGGAAGGAGCCAUUUUGGUGGGGAAGUGGAGCAACUGUAGAUCUGUUCCCACUCUACUGGCUGGGAAAAUCUGUGUGUUGCCAGGAGUAAGCCAACACUCAAGUCUGGCAUGGUCCCUGGGGGCAAACAUUCCUUUGUUUCUUCAAAUGUUGGAAUUUGUCUACAGUCGGUCAACUGAGGCACACAUUAGCUUUUGUUUUUUCACUGCCUGAACAAGAUUACACUUUUGCCUCACUUCAUCUACUUUUGCCUGCUUUUUUAUUAUUUUCAUUUUCUUUGACUCCUUUUUCUCCUGGUUGUGGAAGAAAAGAGCACUGCUGAUGUUCAUUUAAAUAAUGUCGAAACCAAUGGGACUUCUAUGGCUGCCUUUGAUCUUCACCCCAGUGUGUGUCAUGUUGAAUUCUAACUUCCUGCUGUGGAUAACUGCACUGGCUAUAAGAUUUACUCUCAUUGAUGGUCAAGCACAAUACCCAGUGGUUACCACGAAUUAUGGCAAAAUACGUGGUUUAAGAACACCUCUGCCCAAUGAGAUCCUUGGUCCAGUGGAGCAGUAUCUGGGUGUUCCUUAUGCCUCUCCUCCAACUGGAGAAAGGCGUUUUCAGCCUCCAGAACCUCCAUCAUCUUGGACGGGUGUCCGAAAUGCCACACAGUUUGCUGCUGUUUGCCCACAGUACCUGGAUGAGAGGUCACUGCUCAACGACAUGCUGCCAGUCUGGUUUACAGCCAAUCUGGAUACUGUGGUGACAUAUGUUCAAGAUCAAAAUGAAGACUGCCUGUAUUUGAAUAUCUAUGUACCCACAGAGGAUGGAGCCAACACAAAGAAAAGCGCAGAUGAUAUAACCAGUAAUGAUCGUGGUGAAGAUGAAGACAUUCAUGAUCAGAACAGCAAGAAACCGGUUAUGGUCUAUAUCCAUGGUGGAUCUUACAUGGAGGGUACUGGCAACAUGAUUGAUGGGAGCAUUCUUGCAAGUUAUGGAAAUGUCAUUGUUGUCACCCUCAACUACAGGCUGGGGGUUUUAGGUUUUUUAAGUACUGGGGACCAAGCUGCAAAAGGUAAUUAUGGAUUGCUUGACCAAAUCCAAGCUUUACGUUGGAUUGAAGAAAAUAUUGGAUCUUUUGGAGGAGACCCAAAAAGAGUCACUAUUUUUGGAUCUGGGGCAGGAGCUUCCUGUGUUAGUCUUCUCACACUCUCUCACUAUUCAGAAGGUUUGUUCCAAAAGGCAAUCAUACAGAGUGGAACAGCCCUGUCCAGCUGGGCAGUGAACUACCAGCCUGCCAAGUACACUAGGAUAUUGGCAGAUAAAGUCGGCUGUGACAUGCUGGAUACCACUGAUUUGGUUGAAUGCCUUCGAAAUAAGAAUUACAAAGAACUCAUUCAACAGACCAUCACUCCAGCCACAUACCACAUUGCCUUUGGGCCUGUGAUAGAUGGAGACGUGAUUCCAGAUGACCCCCAGAUUCUCAUGGAGCAAGGAGAAUUCCUUAACUAUGAUAUAAUGCUGGGUGUGAAUCAAGGGGAAGGUUUAAAAUUUGUAGAUGGCAUAGUAGACAAUGAAGAUGGUGUUUCCCCCAAUGAUUUUGACUUUUCUGUCUCCAAUUUUGUGGACAAUCUAUAUGGUUAUCCAGAAGGGAAAGAUACACUGCGAGAGACCAUUAAAUUCAUGUACACUGACUGGGCAGACAAAGAAAACCCUGAAACAAGACGGAAGACCCUGGUAGCUCUUUUUACUGACCACCAGUGGGUUGCUCCUGCUGUUGCCACUGCUGACCUUCAUGCCCAGUAUGGAUCUCCGACAUAUUUCUAUGCAUUUUAUCAUCACUGCCAAAGUGAAAUGAAACCAAGCUGGGCUGAUUCAGCUCAUGGUGAUGAAGUCCCUUAUGUGUUUGGCAUUCCUAUGAUUGGCCCGACAGAACUGUUCAAUUGCAAUUUUUCCAAGAAUGAUGUCAUGCUCAGUGCAGUAGUUAUGACAUAUUGGACGAACUUUGCCAAAACUGGAGAUCCAAACCAGCCUGUUCCACAAGACACAAAGUUCAUCCACACAAAACCCAACCGCUUUGAAGAAGUAGCCUGGUCCAAAUACAAUCCUAAAGAUCAGCUUUAUCUCCACAUUGGCCUGAAACCCCGAGUUCGUGAUCACUACAGAGCAACAAAAGUUGCUUUCUGGUUGGAGCUUGUGCCACACCUUCACAACCUGAAUGAAAUAUUUCAGUAUGUUUCAACAACAACUAAAGUCCCCCCUCCUGACAUGACAUCAUUUCCUUAUGUUACCCGACGUUCUCCUGGUAAAUUGUGGCCAGCUACCAAACGCCCAGCAAUGACACCUGCCAACAACCCCAAACAUUCCAAAGACACCCAUAAAACAGCUCCUGAGGAUACAACAGUUCUGAUAGAAAACAAGCGAGAUUACUCCACAGAGCUGAGUGUCACCAUUGCUGUGGGGGCGUCCUUGCUGUUCCUCAAUAUUUUAGCUUUUGCUGCAUUAUAUUACAAGAAGGACAAGCGGCGUCAUGAGACUCACAGGCGCCCUAGUCCCCAGAGGAACACAACCAAUGAUAUUGCGCACAUACAAAAUGAAGAGAUCAUGUCCUUGCAGAUGAAACAGCUGGAACAUGACCAUGAGUGUGAAUCACUGCAGGCCCAUGACACGCUGAGACUAACCUGCCCACCUGACUACACACUCACUUUGAGAAGGUCCCCAGAUGACAUCCCACUCAUGACUCCCAACACCAUAACCAUGAUCCCAAAUACAUUAACAGGAAUGCAGCCUUUGCAUACUUUCAACACGUUCAGUGGAGGGCAAAACAGUACAAAUUUGCCCCAUGGACAUUCGACCACUAGGGUAUAGCUCAGCCCUUCCACUUUACCUUCACAAGCCACCUGGAAGAAAGAAAAUAAAUAAAUAAAAGAAGAAAAAGUUAUAAUACCAUCCAUUGAACAACUUGUCCAAAUAUAAAGUAAAAAAAAAAAAAAAAAAAAAAAAAAAAAAGUAAAAGAGAAGGACAGUUAUUUUCUUACUGAUCCUUCCCACAGAAACUCUCUGAUAUUAAAGAUCAAGUACAAACCCUGUGAAAUGUGAAAAGUGUACGUUGCUGUUACAAUACUGCUUUAAGAUCUCAACUCCUUUAAUUGAAAGUUGAGUCCAGAAGAAAUCACAUAAAAUGGUAUUUUGAGUGUAACAAGCAGAGUCUUCUGGAACACAGAGCCAGUGACUGUACAGGUGUUUGUUCUUUUUUUUUUUUUUUUUUUUAAAUAAAUAAAAUCAUAAUUAAAAAAUUCUUUAUGUGCCAUACCAUGAAUGGCCCUUGUUAAAACAAAGACAUCACCAUGGGCUUUUUCCCAGCAUAUGAAGCUGUAAUCCAGAUGGGGGAAAUAAAUAGAAUUUUAUUAUUAAAAACAAAAAUAAUAAAAAAAAAGAGAAGGACUGACUAUGCAGUAAAAUACGUAUAGUUCUGUGCAAAGAGAUGACUUGCCAGCCUGAACUAUAUUUAAAGAAACUUUGUAAAAAUGUACAUAGCUGUGAGUUUAAAAACAACAAAAAAAGAAGCUUUUAUUGAUGUUUUCAGUUUGAAAAGAGCUUUUAGAAAGAUUGUGCGUUCAGUUGUGACCUAUGUGUAUAUGCGUUACUCAUAUCACCUCUGUUUCCUCCAGGCCAAAGGAGGAUUUACUUCUUAAUUACUAGUGGUAAACAAAAAUCAUGAGGUUUUUCUAACAUGUUUCAUUUAUAUGAGGCCACGGUGUCAUACAGAGGGUACAGUUGUCUGUGUGACCUGCAUAUUUUCUCUUACAGGUUACACUAGUGCAUGUUAAAGUAUUCAUAGGAGAUUGUUGCUUUUUUUCUGAAACAUUUUUUUAAUAUAUAUAUAUAAUUUAAUUUUGUGUUAGCCUUUAUUAAAUUGCAACACAACAAUGGAUCGGAAAAUGGAAAAAAAGAUACGAAAAAAAAAUAUAUAUAUUACUAUAAUAAGCUUGUUGAACUAAACCAAGAGACAUCCAAUAAUGUAUAUACAAAGAGUCCAGUUUGUAGUUCUUGGUUAUUGUGGUACAUUAGGAAUAGUUUUGUGCCCUGACAAUAUCAAAGAAAGCUUAUGUUUUGGUCAACUUUUUCUGAGGAAAAUUAAUUCUAUAUUCACCAGCAGUUGCAGAGGGGUUUCAGCUGAGAGAACACCUUCUCAGCUUUACUAAACAAACAAAAACAAUAAACAACAACAACAACAACAAAAUGAAAGUGGGGAAAUGGUGGCUUGGAUGGAUAGCUGUUUUUAAAAGUUUUCAGAAAGCGUUCAGAAAUUAUUAUGGUUUAAAGAACUUCUUUGACCUGUACCUGACUUUGUCCUUGAGAGGAGCACCUACCUAUCAGAAAAUACUUUGCUGCUUUGUUACACAGCAAUUACAUAGUUGGUGAAUAUUAUGGAGACAGAAGCAGAGAAUUCAUCAGAUGUCUUGCAACUGAACGUAACCAAAAAUUCCAGAUAAUAUGAUUGUCAGGAAAGACAAAAUUCUUAGCUGAUUAUUCCCUUUUGCCCUUCCUUCACUGGAAAACUAAGAUCCAAGCAGAGCUAUCAAACAAGAAAUGUAACAGUUUGAUUCAAACAACCGAUUAGAAUGUGAAAAGCUAAAAAAAAAAAGUUGUCACAGAUGAAGAUCACUUUGUAUUUUAGAACGUUACUGCAUCAAGAGAUCGUAACCAAAGAUAUUUGAACAAAAUUGGUCUGCACUUGAACAUGAUUAUCCCAGAUGUAUUUUGUAUUAUAAAUUCAUGACUAAGCUGCAUCAAUGUCAUAUGUCCCAUAAGAAUCUAACACAGGAUGCCUUGUACCUCUUUUUGUUUUCUAUACUUUUUCUUUUUUCUUUUUUUUUCUUUUUUUCCUAAUAAGACAUAUUGGAAUAGUCACUUCAACAAAAAAAGUUGAAGACCAAGGCCUAUUCAUCUGAAUGACUGUCAUAGCAGGCAGUAAAACAUUCUGAAGGAAAGAAAUAAAAAGAAAGAAAUAAAAAGAAAGUUAAUGACAUGAUAAAAACACAUGUGGAUGAUAUAAUCCCUUAUAUGUAAUAAAUGCACUGCACACCUGACCUGGAUACGUAGGUUAGAAUGUGGUGAAGCAACAAGCCCAAAGUACUCGUAGCAAAUGGAAAACCAUCUUUUUCACUGAUCCAUCACAUAAUGUUGAUUAAUGCUGUCUCUAUACCAGGCCAUUUCCACCACCUAUGUAAUGCCUCAACCGAGAUGCAGCAGCUCGUAACUCUUAAGAAAAAGAAAAUAAUAAAAAAUUAAAAAAAAAGGAAAAGCAGAAAAAAAAGGAAAAAAAAAAAAGAAAAA